AUGGGGGCACGCCACGCUAGAUACGACGCAUCUCGUUGUCAGGGUGCGGGCUGGCAGGACGAACUGAAGUUCAAGAUAAACAGGUCGGAGAUCACGUGCCGUGAUCUUCCUCUUUUUAAGCAUCACGGUUCGCACCGUGACAAUAGCGAUACCCGCGAGACCCUCCGUCGUCGUACACCAAGGGAGAUCGUCGAGCAAGCCGACAGGACACGCGAAACGGUCGCGCGGAGAAAGGCGAGUGCUCCGCUUGGCGGCGGUUGUUACUUUGUAGCGGCGAAUGUUCUCCCCUCCGGUGAUGUAAAGAUGACGGUUAACAGCGCUUCUGGUGCGGAGCUGCUACGUACGCAUGUUGAAUGGCUGAAGGCUUUCGGCCCGGCGGCACACGUACGAAAGCCGACGUGGGGAGUAGUCGCGCGCGGUAUUGACACGAAGACGAUGCCGCUGACGCCGGAGUCAAUGGGGGGCCUAGCGAAGGAGCUGAUCUGGCAGAACAGCCAUUCCUGGGGUGGUUCCCGGGAUAAUGUCGAAAUACUACACCUCGGCUGGCUAAUUAAGCCCGGCCAUCGUCCAACAAGUGACGCCUGCGAAGUGAAAGCGGCGGCGAAGGAAGAGGCGAGACUAGCGCUGGCUAAUAGCCCUUUAUACCACCGAGUACCGCUUCACUUCCGGCAAAAGGAGGCUACGAAGGGCAACGCCACCACCUCCCAGCCCCAAGGCGCUAAUCAGGGACUCAACACCUCAACCCAUGCGCCGCAGCAACAAGUCACACAGGGAACGACAACACGACGGACAACACUCACAUCGAAUCGGAUAAACCCUAAGCGCAUCCCGGUCCCCGCUCCAAGCGAGAUCCGGCGAAUGAACGAGAGUGUCGGCACUGAGAGAGCGAAAAGAGGAGCACUGAACCGGCGGAAAGAAGCUGGGCCCGCUAUGCGAACCAGAUCGAGAACGUCGGGGACAACGACCUGCCGACUAUCCCAGAAUCUGCUAUAA